GGUUACGUUUCUCUGUGUCGUAAACUACAGGGCCAGGCUUCUAAAAUUUGGGGCGUGAUAUUUAAAUGACGAUUGUUUUCAGCCGCUACAUUUAUCAACACCCAUUCAUUCGUGCGACGGAAUUGGCCGCAUACUAAAGUUUAAUAAAUCAGACAUGAGUGUUGUGGAGUGCAGGUGUCGUCUUCGGCCUUGACUGUAGAUAUCCCACAGAAAGUUUAUAAGAUUGCCAGGGGUGAUGAUGCGACGAUACCCUGCCAGUUUUCAAUCCAAGCAGUGGAUGCGGAUGUCCAAAUAUCAUGGACAGCAGUUUCUAGAUGUGCCGGGAGAUCCAGCGAUCGGCAUCGUCACUUACCGAAGUUCCACUGGAUUUACUAGGGUGCAAACGAAAUAUAAAGGCAGGGUGAUGCUAUUACAGGAUAUCCCGAAAGGAAGAGCCGACCUGCAGCUCCUGAGAGUAACUAGAGCAGACACACACAGUUAUGAGUGCAAAGUUGAGGUUAUGAAUAAUGAAGAGGACGGUGUGUCUGACACGGCCAAUCUCAUAGUCUUGGUGGCUCCAUCGCCGCCCAUCUGCAAGAUUGAAGGGGUGUCAGAAUACUAUCAGAACAUCAACCUGACCUGUCGCUCGGAGGAGGGAACGCCCACACCAACCUACAAGUGGCAAAGAUACGACACCACGAACAUCGCUCGGCCGAACCCGCCCAAGACCACUGACAUAAAUGGAGUGCUGUCACUCUACAAUAUUACCGUAGAAACGUCCGGUUUCUUCAUCUGCACGUCCACCAAUGAGAUCAAAUCUGCAACGUGUAAUCUGACCCUGGCCGUCAUGCCACCGUCCAUGAGCAUGGCCUCCAUUGGAGGGAUCGUUGGGGCCAUUGUGGCCGUGGCUCUUAUCUUUGGAAUCAUCAUCAUCUGCUGCUAUUGCUGUCGGAAGAAGGAAAAGGCUGAGGAAUACAGGAUGGGGACUCCUGAAGGAGGAGAAUUCACAGACAAGGAUCCUGAAGGGAAAGGGGACGGUCAGGAUGAACACGUCAGCUACGAGGAAGAGCGUCGUGUGAAAAGCGCAGACAGACGUGAUCCGCAAGACGACCGCAGCGAGAGGAGCUACGAUCGGCGCAGCGACUACACCGACAGACGAGACGAUCACAGUGACCGCCGGGAGAGGUACGAUCGAGAUGACCGCUACGAUGACCGCCGCGACCGCUACGAUGACCGCCGUGACCGCUAUGAUGACCGCAAAGACCGCUACAGUGAUCGCAACGACCGCUACGAUGACCGCAGAGACCGUUACGAUGACCGGAGGGAUCGUGACGAUGACAGUGACCAUUACUCCGAGCGCUACGACAGCCGCGACAGACCUCCCAGCGUUCCGCCCAAUAAACCCAAAGACCCGAGACACUGAGUUCAGACACCGAUCCGUCCCUCAGCUACGGAAGCCCAAUCAUCAGAAAAAGAAUCAUAAUCAUAAUCAUAUAAAAGGUCAAAAACAUUACACACCAAGUCAUAAUUAUGACAUAAAAAGUUGAAAAUAUGACAGUUAUAUUAAUGAGAUGAAAAGCUGGAAUAGACACAGUUAUAAUUUUAGAUAAAAAGUCAAAAUAUGACAUACUAAGCCAUAAAUUUUAUCUCAUAAUUAUGACUUAUUAUAUCAAAAUUUUGACUUUUUAUGUCAUGAUUAAGAUUUACCAAAGCAUGACAACAACAAAAGUUUUUCAUCCUCAUUUGCUGAAUAUGAGAUUUGACAGAAUAAAAGGGCUUUAAUAAAUCUUUCUCUGGAGAAACCAGUCGACGCAGUGGCUGUUUUGUCAAAUGUGAAUGCCCUGAUAAUGGCGUGUCAGAUGGAUGAUGGGAUUGAUGAGCUGUAUAGUUUGAUUUUACUGCUGUUCAUGUAUUGUGAAAGCCUGUGUUUGAAAGCCCCUCAUCUCAUAUUUAAGAGGGUUUCUGUAUUCUUAUGACUCUUGUUUGUCUCUGUUGAUGUUUCAGCUGGGUUUUUCUGGGUUUUUACAGUCUUCUUAACCUCUUAAUAUUCAUGUAUAGGACUAAAUUGUGAAUCUAUUAAAUUUCAGUUUAUUUCAGUCUAUUUUCAGCUCAUCGCUUUCUUUUUGUAUUGUUUCAAAAUAAAACAUUCAAGCAUAUGUCUUGUGUUGGUAGAAUAACUGGUUUCACCAAAGUUCCUCAUGCAGCUCAUUUAACAUUCAGGCUUCCGUUUUAAAAUGUGACAAAAAGUGAAGCUGAACUGCAGUGGUUAGUGACCUAACUAACCCAUUUACAGCUGGUCAUCUAUCGUCCAGCAGCUUCUCUCUGUACAUCUGUGGAUUAUGAUUCAAUGUCAUGAAAACUGUCCUUGUUGUUCUUGUUGAUUAAAGACGUCGGUCUGUGAGUUUUGCACCAGGCCAUUUUAAUUUAAGAUGUUAGUAAAUUUAAUUAUUCUUAAACAUUAAAUUUGGAUCAUGUCAUGGGAAACAUAUUUACCUGUAUAUGACAUAAAUGUAUUGAUCAACAUAGAGAAGAUUGUAUAGUUUUUUAUGAUUUGAAUUUGUAUUGUUUUGAAUUAUUUGUACAUUAUAUUGUAUGUUCUGAUGUCAUUUUCCAUGUUGUUUAUUUUCUAAGAUAUGACAUUAUUAAAGGAAUGUUUUUACUCAGUA